AGCCACCACGGCGUCUCUCACGACAUGAGCAGCAUCGCAUGCUGGCGUCAAAAGGAAGGAUUGAGCGGGAGGAACCACUUCCUCUCGUUGAAUGUGUCACGCUGCCGGAGUCGUUUGAGUACGUGACAGCCACAUACCCUUCGUAUGUGAAGGAUCUGCUCUUUUCAUCGCCAUUUUGCCGAGCGGCCGAGACAUUGUCGUCAGGCAAUCGUGACGUCACGACCACCAUGCAGCCAUUUGUGCCUAGCACCGCCCGUGAAGCAGGGCGGCGUCAGAAAUGCAAGCGUGGCAUCAGUGACGGUGAGGUGCGGCGUAUUCCAGUUUACAUGCAGUCAAGCGAGGAGCCCUCUGCGGCGCGACAGCUGCAAAAGACGCUUGAAAAGGCAUCCUCCCUUGUAAUGCCGGAGGGGCGUGACAAGAAGACACUGCGGCGACUGAAAAAGAAACUUAACGCCCAGCGUCAGCUGGUUGAGAAGCAGUCACGCAGCGAGGAGAGCAGCGCUGAGGCGAAGCGGCACAUGCUGCGCCAGAAUGACAAGGCUUUUCUUGCGGAAAUUCAGCGUUUCUUGGGGGAGGAGGACGAAGACGUGAGGCAACUCCUCCGGCACGACGGGGGUGAGGCGCCAGGAAACAAUAGGCAGGAGGAGAGGCAAAUGAAGAAAAAGAAGAGUGUUUCCCGUGCAGGAGACAAAGUGGCAUUAUGUGGACGCAAGCGCCGCAGAGAGUCGGCGGAAACAUUGUCCAUGACACGUGCCGAUGAGGAAGGAGACCGGCAUGAAUCGUCCAAUGGCGGAUGCAAGGCUGCAAAGAGAGGGCGGCGGGAAGUAAGCCACACGGAAAAUCAUCAUCACACGGCUGCUAGCGCUGCUCGUACGUGCGGUAGGAAUACACGCGCGGCGGUGAAUGGUAGUCCAUCAGAGCAGCCGGCGCUGAAGAAUAAGAAGAAGAAGAAGAAGAAGAAGAGGGCGAGCAGGGAAAUGGGGGCGACGAGCUUUCAUUAA